AGCUUUCUUUGGAUUAAUGAUUUUCUUUAUUGAAACAGUUUGGAUUUUGUUCGAGGUGCUGGCUGUUUAUUAUCUGAGUUCCUGCCGCCGUGAGCACGCUAUGGGAAUAUCUGACAGGUCCUAUCAAUCAAAUUAUCUUUCAAAGUAUUCACCUUUGAAGGAUUUGAAGAUGUGGUGAUGAGAAAAGAUUUUGGACUGCCUUUAGGGCAAAUUUUUUGUGCACCGCUUUGACUUGAAAUAAAAUGAAUAUGAAAUCUCGACGACCGGAACCCCCUCGAAGCCCUCUAUCACUACCAUUGUCUUCAGCUGAUGGGAAUGCCGCAGGAAUAAGAGAGGAUAAACAAAGUGAAAGAGGAAAUACAAAAAGCAGGAUCCCGCAAAUGACGUUCCCAGUAGCGGCCCAGAAUCGUAGUUCUCCAAAAAAAAUAGCAGAUAGGCAAAAGUAUGAGACAACUCGGCCAAAGUCCGCCACGACCCGACUCCCGCCCACGCACCCGACGCAACUGCUGUAUGACGUGCGCCAGACCCGCCCCGGCAAAGAAAAACCUGCUCUUAAGCGGCCGCCGAAUCUUCCGAAAAUGUCACCACCAUUCCGUCCUCCAACGCCGGUAAUAAAGGUACCCUUCUCACCGGUGCCGCCAAGAAUAUCGGGAAGAGAAGAUAGAGUUUCGGAUGAUAGUGGGUGUUUGAAUACCGAUCGCGGUAACGAAACGAACCGAGGAGAGUCUAACUUCUCUUCGGAAGACAAAAAGAGAAUACAGUUAAAGAUGCGUUGGCAAGAAAACAUUACAAAGUUCGAAAAUAUAAAACGACAGCUUCAUGAAAAACAGCGAGAUUUAUUGAAGUUAUACGCUACGUUGCGUUCAAGUCACAAGGAGUUGUUAGGAAUGGGCCAGACAAUGUGCUUGCCGCCAUCGGAGGAUUUAUCAAUCAUGAAUGUUGGCAAACUGGCCCCAGGACAGUUGCUGCAGCUGUGCGCUGGGGCAGAAACCAACGAAAUACAGAUGUCUAAUGCUCCUUUUGACCUGCAUAUCUUACGUGAAAUACCAAACAAAAUUGUAGCUUCGUGCGAAGAAACUCUAAAAAGUAGAAACGAUAUUAUUGAUUGGUUUGAGGACAUAAUUGCUAAAAAAAUGAUUACGAAAAAUGUCCUCGUUAAAAAGAUCAAAGACUUCAAAACUGAGAAUGACGAAUUUAAAAGGUCACUGGAUAAAAAUAAAGAGGAUUACUUGCGUUUUUUAAAAGACUCAGAGAUUUUUUUUAACAACGGCGUGAAUAGCACAUUAACUAAUGAACUGUGUUUUCAAAGUUUAUCAUUUCAAUUAUCGGAAAUAAAUGCAUUAAACGAGGAACUCCGAAAAAAACUUCAAGAGGCCGAGGAUAAAGCAACAUUUGCUGAAAACAAAUCAAGGGAACUAGAAAAACAAUUAUUAAGGGAUGCGAAACAUAAAAAGAGAGAUCACAUGCCGAAAGCUGACUUACAGUUUAAAUUCAAUGAAGAGGAAAUAGCACAACUCAACUCAGCCCUGGAGCAAGCUAAUUUGAAAAGCCGGACAUUGGAAAAAACGGUUUGCCAAUUGCGCGUAGAGAAUCAAGAAAUGCAGUCUAAUUAUGAUAAUCAACUGAAAAAACUAAAUGAAUCUAUUGAUAUAAAUACGAAACUAUUUGAUGAAAUUACAGCUGAUCGAAGCAAACUAUUAGUCGAAAAACACGACCUAGAAAAUCAACUUAUAGAACUUAGUAAGAAUUUUGAAGAAACUUUACACACUUCGAAACACGAGUCAAAUUUAUGUAUUGCAAAGUUAAUGGAGACAGAGAAGAAAUACAAAGAAGUUUUAGAUGAGAAAAAUAAACUGGCUGAUAAAAUAGAAUCUAUGUGUGCACAACUUCUUGAGUCAGAAUUACGAUUUAAAGACGCCUCGAAGAAAUUAACAGAAUUGGAAUCAAAUUCAGGAGAUGUUGCCGAAUGCCGCAAGGAAAUAGAAAUGUUGAAUCGUCAUCUUGAAAAUACUAAAGAAGAACUACUGGAAUAUAAAACUACAGUAACCAAGCAAACAGAAGCUAUGCAAGAAUUACGGCAAAAUUGGAACCAUGCCCUCAACUCAGAGGAAAAGUUGAAAAAUGAUGUGAAUAAUAAGGAAAAGUAUAUUUUGGAGCUGGAAGGGCUACGAGAUGUGCUCGAACAACGCAUACUCGAAAGUGAAUUAAAAAUACGAACAUAUUCAGAAGAAUUGACAAAUAUCAAAACUCUAUUACGUCAAGUUUUCGGAGAAUUUGAAAGCAUUGAAGAAUUGCAUGAAAUGAUAAAGCAGCAAACCCUUCAGCUAGUAGAAGCAAAUCUAAAAAAUAAUACUUUGGCUGAAGUCCUUAAGGAAAAGGACAUUGAACUACAAAAACGUGUUGAGAUCAUAACAGAGCAAGAACAUUUGUUAGAGGAACGGGAAGCGGCUCUGAAGAUGCUAACGGAAAAAAAAGAAGAACAAACCAAUAUUAUUAAAUUACUACGAAAUAAUUUGGACGACAGAACUCAAGCGGAUAUAGAGAUAAAUCGACAACUUGACGAGAAGAAUACUGAAAUUAAAUCGCUCAUGAGUCAUGUUGAAAAGAGAAAAGAACAAAUAUCACAAUUAGAGAAAAUUAUUCUAACUUUAGAACAUCAGCUAGUCAAGUUAAGCGACCAAAAGAGAACAGCACGUGAAGCUGUAUCAUCACUUGAGAAGAAGCUAAGUGAAUAUGAAUCAUAUUACAUAACCAAUACUAAAAAUACGGAAUCACCGAUCGAUAAUUUAGAUGAUUUAAUAAAUAUUCUAGAGUAUGAGCUUACAAACCCAUCAGACGAUCAAUUUAAUUAUUCAGAACAAGAAGUAGAAACUCGUAGAAAUAAACUAGAAACCCAUAAUGAUUUUAAAAGUCACAUUCAGGAUAAUUUUGAUAUGUACCAGUUGCGGAAAAACGUGCCAACCAAAGGAAAAAGUACUUAUUCAAAAAAUAAAAGAAAUCUAAAUAAAGAUGAACACAAAGGUGAUGGUGUCUGUGGAAACAAAAUGUUUUCUGGUGUGGUGUCAUCAGAAUUUGCUGCCUUGCAAAAAGUAGCUGCAAAUGCAACUAAGGAAAACAAAAUUCCGCCCGUAGCACAUCACACUACAAAUGUCAAUUAUUGUUUGAUGUCCAAUCAUAUUAAAGACGAAAAAAGAUUAAAGAUGUUUAAACUCGCUGGUCAUAAAUUGCAAUAAAAUUGUGCUAGUACCUACCUAGUAUUUUGUAAAUCACCUACUUAUCAGAUGGUACAGUCAGCAGCAAAAGCAAACUAAGUGUUCAAAAUUUUAGUUGAAAAUACAGUAACUAUAGUGUUUGAAAAUACAGUCAAUAUUGAAUGAAAAAAUCUAAAGCUUAGUUUUUCCUGCUGCUGAUUGUAAUACUUUCUGCGCAAAAUAUCCGUCUUGUUAAUAAAGUGCGUACCUACUUAAUUUA